AUUGCGCCGCCGGUACCUACGUUCAAUGAUAUCAUUACUCGCUUAAUUUCCGUGCAGCAUAAAAUGCGGGGCAGCUGUAGGUUGCCUGCGCUGUCGUGCUCACCUCGAGGUUGAAGACAUGUCUGUCAGGAUGCUCAGGCUAUCGUCGCCGUUUGUUCUCCUCGGCAUUGUCUCUUCGCUAACCUCAACGGCCGCUGUACCGUAUUUCAAGACUCGGGAUGAAGUCUUGAGCUACGCCAGCGUCAACGGCAUCACUAUCCCGCACCACAAACGACAAGUGAUAGAGGGACCAGGCGGAUACCAGUUUGAUGUCCUGGAGCAUCUCGCCGGGAUUGCUCCCUACUUUGACGCUCCGGGCGUCCAGCUAGACCCGGACGUUCCUUCAGGGUGUUCAGUCGCGAAGGCGACGUACCUCGUUCGCCAUUCCAACAUCUACGCUAACGAUUACGACUAUGAGACAUAUCUUUCGCCCUUCCUGGAAAAGCUAGCAAACUUCUCAGACAAGUCCGCCUUCACCCGGACGAGCGACUUGCGGUUCUUGGCGAAUUACACGUCGCCGAUUACGAACGAGACCGCGCAGCUCGAGAAAGUGACCCCGUCUGGUAUCCAGGCUGCGCAGGCUUUCGGCGGUGUUAUCGCCAGGAUGUACCCAAACCUCACUUCGACGACGAGCGGCGCUUUUAGAGUCUGGGCCGCUUCAGCAUCCAGGACGGUCGAGUCUGCGCAGGCCUUCAUACAAGGGGCGUUCUCCCGCAACGACAGCGCGCAGCUGGUCGUCGUCAACGAAGGCGAGAACGACAGCGCCAACUCCCUAACACCUCAUAUAUCUUGCCCGAAUUUCCACUCGUCAGCAGGCUCGGAGCAACAAGGCGCAUGGCAGGAUCAGUACACCGCUCCUAUCAUCGCCAGGUUCAAUGCCGCUGUCCCCGGCUUUAACUUCACGGUAGACGACGUCUUCGGCAUGCAGGAAUUGUGCGGCUACGACACAGUAAUCAGGAACAGGACGGAAUUCUGCAAUUUAUUCUCUGUUCAGGAGUGGCUUGACUUCGAGUAUGCCAACGACCUUAUGUACUUUUAUAGCAUCGGAUACGGGAACCCUAUUGGCCCCCAACUCGGCCUGCCUUGGCUCCGCGCGUCGCUGGACAUCCUGAAAUCCGACCAAAACUCGACCACCUUCAAUCAAUCUCUCUACGUGUCUUUCAGCCACCGCGAAGAGCCCCCUCUGGUCCUCACCGCUCUCGGACUCUUCAACAAUUCCGAUUACUACCCGGACCUGGACGUGAACAAGACGAUGCCCUCGGACAAGAUCAAUUACGCGCGAGUUUGGAAGACGAGCGAGAUCCUCCCUUUCCUCGGACACCUCGGCCUGGAGAGGUUAGAAUGCGCGGCAAACGGCACGAGCAGCUCUUAUGUACGGGCACUGGUGAACUCGGCGCCCAUUCCGAUUCCUGGGUGCCAGGACGGCCCGGGUUCGUCGUGUGCGCUGGAUGAAUUUGGCCAGUAUAUGUCGCAGAGGGCGACGUUGUAUGGUGAUUUCAUUGGCGCGUGUGGUAUCAAUGAUACUGUCACGAACAGGACGGACCUGCUCGGCAUCUACACAUCGUGAAUAGCUUCCCAGCCGUGUCCCAGGACGAUGAAAAGGAGGACCGACGACUAGUUACGAAGUACGGACUAUUAACGGACUACGGAAUUGGACUACUCGAUUAAUCGCAUGUUGUACGAUCAUCUACGAUGUACCCGCUUGGUUAAAUGUCUCUCUCUCUCACUUUCUUGAUGCGAUCACAUAUUCGUCGCCGCUAAGCUCUUCUUCCGAGUCGAAGUCCGAGUCCGCGGAGUCAUACGGGUCCUCAGGCUUGACUGCCACGGCUCCAUCGUCCAGCUCUGUCUUUGUGACUGGAACGCAAUCUGAACAGUCCUCUUCAAGCUGGUCCUCCAUGUCCG